AUGGCGCAGACUCAGGUCGCUCUAAUCACUGGCGGUGCCAGUGGCAUGGGGCUGGCGGUUGCCAAAGCCCUAGCAGAGCGAGGUGGCUGGCAUCUUCACCUGCUCGACCUAAACGCAGAGAACGGCGAGAAGGCGGCAAAAGAAGUUUCUAACGCCACCUUCCACAAGACCAAUGUGACCGACUACGACAGCCUCGCCGGCGUCUUCCAAAAGGUCUUCGACAGCGAAGGUCGAUUUGACUUCGUCUUCGCCAACGCAGGUAUCGUCGAGCGCUACUCGUUCUUCGAGAAACACCCAAGCGGCAAGCCUCCGCCACCACCGGAUCUCACUGUGAUCGACAUCAAUCUAAAAUCUGUCGUUAACACAAGCUGGCUGGCCCAACACUACUUCCGACAAUCAACACAGAGCGAGAACAAGAACCUCGUCAUGACAGCAAGCUGCGGAGCCUUCUACCGUGUACCCGCAUCACCAUCCUAUGGAGCGGCAAAGCAUGGCGUUGUCGCCCUUAUGCGCUCGAUAGCCGGCAACUUCUAUCGCGACGACGGGGUUCGUGUCAACGCGAUCUGCCCCGGUACCGUUCGAACAGGACUGCUUGAGUCAGGUGCGUGGGACGCUUUUGGCAAAGAGAAUGUCUUCGUGCCUAUUGAGAAGAUUGCUUCGACCGUGCUUAUGUUGAUCGACGGCCACGAUGUUGGUGGCUCGACUAUUGGUGAUGGCAAGCCGUUGGCAAAUGGCUCGACCAAGGGCAAGCUUAACGGCGAAGCUGUUGAGCUCAGUGGCACGAACCAUUACUAUCGUGACCAGAUUGAGUUCUGCGAUGCGUCUAUGGCGAAGACGAUGGGUGUCACGGACAAGUCGAACUUUUAG